AUGAUGAAAGAAGUACUGAAUUUCAGGAUGUGGCUGGACCGAGUAGAACGGAUGAAGGAUUCACCGUUCCACCACGUCCGACACGCAGUGCAAUCCAGGAGGAGGCUGGUAACCUUAGCAGCCAGACGUGCACAGUUGCAUCUCUAAAACUUGUGACGUCUGAUGCUGCGUGUUCGAAAGCUAAGGCUUCCAGUCCACCGAUCCCAGCUUCCUCCAUG